AUGUCUCAGAGUCCCCUCCGCCUCGCAUUCCGAGCUGCGCGACCGCUGCAGCUGCACCACGACCCGCGAUCGUAUUUCCAAGCAUGUCGAACCAUCUCAUGCGCUCCGAUCCCGCGGACGAAGCGACAGCCAUUCGUCGCAUCCGAAUCAUACUCAAGGAGGCCCUCCACGAGACUGUCUACGAGACAAUUCUCCACCAGCACCGUCCGGCAGGCAACUGUUGCUGUACAAAAUCCCCGAACAGACGAUGACGGGAAUGAUAUGAGCAUUGAGAUCUCCGAGCGAGCAGCCAAGCGCCUGAAACAAAUCACCAGCGCGCCUCCUCAAAAGAACACUCUAGUGUCGUCUUCCUCGUCAUCAUCGUCGAAUUCUCAACAAGAUUCCCAUCUCAGAGUCACCGUGACUUCCGGCGGAUGUCAUGGCUUCCAAUAUCUGAUGGCGCUGGAAGAUGGGUCCAAGAUCGAUCCGGAGGAAGAUACAGUGUUUGCUGUAAAGGGGGAGGACGAGACGGCGACGGACUCCGGUCAGCCUGGACAGGCCAAGGUCGUCAUGGAUCAGGCGUCGUUGGAAUUGUUGAAGGGGAGUACCGUCGACUUCACGACUGAGUUGAUCGGUAGUCAGUUCAAGAUUGUGGGCAAUCCUCGCGCCACGAGUAGUUGUGGGUGUGGCACGAGUUUCGAUAUUGAGUGA